AUGUACCGUGUUCUACAGGCUAUAGUUUACCUCUGUAGGGUUUUUUUCUCUAUAGAAACCACUACAGCUUUUCCGCUGGUAUAAAAAAAAGCCAGCGAAUUUUCGAACGGCGACUCUUCCGAUUUUUUCAUAUCCCUAGGAAACUUUCCGACGAAGAGAUUUCCGACUAAUCCUUUUCCGACUUUUUGCGUUAAUAAUUUUUUAUAAUUUUUCAUUUAUCAAAUAUUUGUUAUCAAAUCGUAAAUCUUUUCGCGAAACUUUUCUGUAUAAUUUUGGAUAUUUUUUUUUCUCAAUUUUCUUUUUUUAUAUGUUCGACAUUUCAGAUGUGAAUAUGUUCAAAGCACCAAAAAAGCUGAUAAAUAGAAAGUACGUUUUUCGGUUGGUAUCGUUCGCGCUCCUAGUCUACGUCUUAAUUGUUAUAAUUCCCUUUUCCGACGACUCGGUGCUUAAAGAUCGUUUGUCGAAACUGCAGGUUCAUUCGAAGUUUAUAUGUUAUAAUUCAACCUUUUUGCGACUUCGAAAUAGAGAGUAAUCUUGGGGAUUUCAGAAACGUUUAUCGUCUUCUAGCAAUUGUCGUGUUCCGAAGUUAGAUCCAUGGGACGACUCUAUUCGUGCUUACUUUUCCAAACCAGAGCCUUUGUUUUGCGAUUCCGUGCAGGAGAAAAUAUUAGUUUUCGAAGCUGGAACUCUGAAAGUUUCUCAUUUUCAAUGUUUUAUUUCUAUUUCAUUUAUUUUCAGUUCAUUAAAUCUAAAGUAGAGGGAUUGGAAUGUGAGAUAACGCCUUUUUUUCAUGACGAGGGGAGUUCUGACGAUGCGCCAAAAUUCGGUGUUUCUCGAGAGCUGGAUCUCACUUCUGAAUCUCUCGAAUUUCCUGUGACUGAAGAGUUUUUUGAAGUUUCAUGCGAGUCAAAUGGCUUGAUGAAGCAAUCAGUUUUUAAAUAUAGUUACGCUCAAAUUGUCACCCAAAACGAGACGACUGAUGGUUUCAAGUAAUUGAAUUCGAAAUGAAGAAAAAACCCUUGAAAAGUCGCUUCAAGGUGGAAGAAUCUACAGAGGACCAGCCUUCUGUUGUAGUCAUUGGUUUCGACUCCAUGUCCCGAGGAAAUUUCGUCAGACAGGUACCUCUUCUCUGUAGAAAAACUUGCCUCUAAGUUUAGCUCCCCAAAACUCACAAAACUAUGAGGAAGAUGGGUUUCGUAGACAUGUUGGGUCAUGUCAAGGUUGGCGACAACACCUACGCCAAUUUGGGCGCCGUCCUUUUUGGAAAGCGAACAACUUCUACGAGGGUAAGAUUCUACGAACUAUUUAUUUUUUUUUAAGGCAAUGGUAAGUUGAAGGCGGAAUUUUUCGAAAACCCCGAAAAAAUGCAGAUUUUUUAAAAUGUUGAUUCUUUUUGUUUUGUUACAGGAGUUUCCGGCUGAAAUAGACGAGAGUUGGGGCAUCUCCUUCGACAAAUACGACACCAUUUGGAAAAAUUUCAGUCGCAACGGUUUAUAAAAGACUUUUCACACUGAAAUGCGUUUAUUUUCAGAUUUUAUUUCGUAUCAUUAGCAUUUAAAUUAUGAAAAAUUUGAGGAUAUGCUACAUUUUUCGCCGAAGACAGGCCGGAUAUUGGAACAUUCAACUAUUUCGGCUACCUCAAAGGCUUUUUAAAGAAACCUGUUAAUCAUUAUUUCCGGUAAGCCUGUUCGAAAUCAACUGAAAGAUCUUCUGCAGCCCUUUUUGGACUGCGACUUUUUGGUCGGUCGUAUCUCGUCGAUCCUCGGCCUACUGCUAUGACUCAAUUCCAAAACACGUUAUUCAACUCGAAUAUCUCGAGCAGUUGGUCAUUUUAAUCAUUUGGACCUUUUUGAUUAGAGUGCGGGCUCUUUUUCCAAAUUCUCUUAAAAUUCUAUCGACUCUCUAUUUUCAUAAUAUUUUCGAUUCGUUCGGAAGUACGAAAGAAAGCGGCAUUUCGCCUUCUGGUGGACGCAAGAUAUGAGUCACGACUAUCUCAACGUCAUAGGCAGGAAUUUCCACCAUUAUCCGAUAAAUAGAAUAAUCACAGGAAAAACAGACAACGAUAUUGAGGGAUUUCUGAGACGGAACUUUGAUUUUCUGAAAAACUCGAUAAUAAUUGUGAUGAGUGACCACGGCCAUCGUUAUGACCGAAUCCGCGAAACGGUGUGUUUCCAUUAAAUAUAUGUAUGUGAGAGGGUCUCUUAUCCCGACUAAGUUCCAGACAAUCGGUCGAUUAGAAGCCAGGCUUCCCUAUCUUUCUAUUCGCAUUCCUGACGACGUAAAGAGAAAAUAUCCGAAAGUUUUUAUUUUUCAAGACCUUUAGACAAUUAUUUUCCAGUUGUACAAGUCAGUUUUGGAGAAUUCGGAGCGAAUGACGACUCAAUUCGACGUCAACGAAAGCCUGAACGACAUCGCCUGGGGCAGACUGGCUGAGCCCCAAGAAGAGCCGCAGAAACAACGGGCUCGCUCGUUUUUCCAUCCAAUAAGCCCUAAUCGGACCUGCUUCGAAGCUGAGGUGAGUCCUUCUUCUCGUCAUUAUCAUGAAGACUUCCCUUCAGAUUCCCUUCGGCUAUUGUCCUUGUUAUUCGGAAGUUGAAGCCCCAAGAAAAGACAGUAGGGAAGCGGCUGAAGUAAGUGUCUCCUGCUCAAAAAAAAGAUGGAUAUUUCACUGAUGGAACGUUUCAAGGUGCUCCUGAAAGAACUAAAUACUUUGCUCCGGAGAGGAAAAAUAGAGAAGGAGGUUGGUUUUUUUUUUAAAAAAAGGUAGAGAUAAUUGAUUUAGAACUACAAAUGCGCACCGCUCUCCUUGUCCGAGGUGAUUUCGGCGACGGUGCAAUUGCCGCCGGCGACGGUCGUCGAUGACCCUCAAACGGGCAAAAACCUGCCCCUCACUCAGCUCCAGCUCUUGUUCGUUCUUUCCACACCUUUUCUAUCUGUCAUCGAUUCAAAUUUGACUUUAGAAUUAAUUUUUUUGGAAAAAUUAAGAAAUUUCAAAAAGAAUUUCAAAUGAGUAUCUGAUAUAUACCUUUUUUUCGUAAAGGCGAAGCUUUAAAAAAAUUUUUAAAAAAUUUUUAGCUUGUUUUUGACGUUUUUUUCUUUCAUUCCAUUGUCAAAAUGUUUCGCAAAUGAUAAAUUCUGAACUUUAUUAAAAAUUGAAUAGAACGAAAUGACCGUUUUUUUCAAAUGAUAAAAAUAAAUUCUUGACAGAAAGUUUUUUUCGAAAGAUUCUUCUGAUUUCUAUCUAAAGGUUGUGUUUUGAAAAAAAUUUCCAUUAUCAAUAUUUUAAAAAAACUUUCGGUAUGAAUCUUUUUUUCAAAUCUCGAAAAGAACUGAAAUUCACAUCGAAGUGGAUUCCACCCAAGUUGUGGAUACAUCGGAACUCUUAGUGACUAAGAAUUAGUUAGUACGGACUUCUAUCUGUUCUUCUAUCAUUCAAACUUCUUGAAUGGAUUACCCGUUUCAGAUACCGCGUAGUCCUCAAGACGACGUCGCCAAGCAACGCCGUGCUCGAAGGCGUCGUGAUUCACGAUGUGAAACAAGACGUCUGGACUUUUUCCGGCGAGGUCGAACGCAACAACAGGUCGCUCCUCUUCUGACUCGUCUUGUUACUCUCUUUCUAUAGGUACGGAAACUCUUCUCACUGCGUCGCCGAUCGAGUGCUCAAGAAGAUCUGCCAUUGCAUAAUCACGUAA